CGGAUUAACUGGCAACAAACAGCAGCUAUCGCCAAAUCAUCCCUGUCCACCACAACAACAACUAGAAGGUGGUGCCGGGGCCCAUAGUCCCUCAUCGCCCAUACCACCGCAUGCUGGUGCAGCUGGUGGUGGUGGCAAUUCGCCUUAUAAUGGUUCACAAGCUGGUGGUAGUAGCGGUGGUGUUUCACCUAAUUCAAAUGCUGGCAUUUCACCGAACAAAUAUAGACGCAGUAUAUCUUUUCCCGCCAAAGGGGGAACUUCACCCACACCCGGCUAUACCCUGGACAUAAAUGCUGCCCAGGCUGUAGGCGUACCCACACUGUCGAUUGGUAAUGGCAGCAUAAGUGCUGGCGCUACAGGUGGUGGUGAUGCACCGCCGUUUUUGGGUGCUGGCCCUUAUAUGCCCAACGGUUUGGAUAUGCGUCCCUUAGAUCAUUGCCUAAACGAUAUUAUGCGCAUGGGCAUGGGUGCUGUAGGACCAGGUGGUGAUAAUAAUGUUACAGCCGCCGCCAUAAUGGCAGAACGUAUGCGCAACCAAAAAAUGAGUGAACAUCAUUUGGGUGAAGUGGAUGCUGUAGCAAUUGCAGCAGGUUCCGAUCAUACGGCACGCUUCUCACGCAAGGUCUUUGUGGGUGGUUUACCACCGGAUAUUGAUGAAGAUGAAAUCACUAGUUCUUUCAGACGCUUUGGUCCUUUGGUGGUGGACUGGCCACACAAAGCCGAAUCAAAAUCAUAUUUUCCACCCAAAGGUUAUGCUUUUCUACUCUUCCAGGAUGAAAACAGUGUACAGCAAUUGAUAGAUUCUUGCAUUACGGACGAUGAUAAACUAUAUUUGUGUGUUUCAUCGCCCACCAUUAAAGACAAGCCGGUACAGAUACGUCCCUGGCGUUUGGCCGAUGCCGACUAUGUACUGGAUGCCACCAUGUCUUUGGAUCCGCGUAAAACUGUUUUCGUGGGUGGUGUGCCAAGACCCUUAAAGGCCUUCGAAUUGGCCAUGAUUAUGGAUCGUUUAUAUGGUGGUGUCUGCUAUGCGGGCAUUGAUACAGAUCCCGAAUUAAAAUAUCCCAAAGGUGCUGGUCGUGUGGCUUUCUCCAAUCAACAGAGUUAUAUAGCGGCCAUCUCGGCACGUUUUGUACAAUUGCAACACGGUGACAUAGACAAACGGGUUGAGGUGAAACCCUAUGUCUUAGAUGAUCAAAUGUGCGAUGAAUGCGAGGGACAAAGAUGUGGCAGUAAAUUUGCUCCCUUCUUUUGUGCUAAUGUCACUUGUUUGCAAUACUAUUGUGAACACUGCUGGUCGGUAAUACACUCACGUCAAGGACGUGAAUAUCACAAACCAUUAGUCAAGGAGGGCGCUGAUCGGCCACGUGCAGUGCCUUUUCGUUGGUGUUAACGGCGGCGUUGGUAGGUUGUUAAGACCUCAACGUAAACACAAAUUUGCAACGGCAAACAUGCAAUACAAAUAGAAAAGAAAAAAUUAUUAAACGUAACGAUAAAGCUUUCAAUUUUUUAAUAACAAUUUUUUUAAAUUUUCUCUACUACCUUUUUCCCCUGUUAAACAAAACUCCUCCUUUAUUGUUCGUUUAAAACUCCUGUUGUUUGUUUUUUAUUAUAAUUUUUUUGUAUUGUUUUUUUACAAUAAUUGUAGUUUUUAGUAGUUACUCUUUUUUUUACUUUUUUACACUAAAUAUUAAAUCUAAACCAUGUUAAUUAAUGUUCUUUGAUUUUGUAAAGAACUACAAGAAC